AUGGUGGAGUCUCGGCAAAGCUAUGCGGCCAACCCGCGUUGCUCCCCCACUGGCCGCUCGGCGACCAAACGUGAUCGCAAUGGUCGCUUCCGAAAGACUCCAUACCAAAAUGCCAUCUUCCGGUUGCCAGAAGGUGAGUUCGAGCCCAUUCGUUCUUUAAUUCGUUUCUGCGUUUAGAUGACACGGCCUUUCGUGCUCAAGCCAACGGCUUCCUUGGCCAGUUGAAGGCGUACGACCAGACACCGGUGGAGGCAUUGGAACGGCGGUUCGUGGUGACGGACCUGGUCACGACCAUGUCUGUGAUGGCGGUUGGCCGUCGGAUGGUUACCGAAACCUUCCGUCAGGAAGAGGACGAUGAUGCCUCGCGCAUCAUUCAACUAACGUAG